ACAGCGCCCGGCGACCCGGGGGGGUUCCGGGGGGCUCCGGGGGAGGGUCCCGGGGCCAGGAGAACCUAGAAGAUCCUAGCGGCCGGGCUCGCGGGCGGGGGGCGCGUCCACCCAGUAGUCCCGGCUCCGGGCUUGCGGGCACCCAGGUAGCCUCCAGCCGGGGUCGAGGCAGACUGCAGGACCGGAGGCGGGUGGAGGGGGUGGCUUUGGUCUCUUUUGGCCUCCCGGAUCUCCCGGGUCCCACCCCGCCCGCUCGGUCCCGGGGCCCGGGUGGAGCCUCCCUCCAGCCAGCCCCCCGCCCCCCGCUCAACCCCCGCGACCGCCUUGGGGAUGGAGCGCGCCCCGGGGUCCGGCCGCGUCCCCAGAGUCCUCGCGGAGUCACCGUCCGCCUGCGCCCCCGCAGUCUCGCAGGCCAGUCUGCUCCGCCUCUACCACCGGUUCCGAGCGCUUGACUGGAAUGAGAAGGGCUACCUCAGCCGCGUGGAUCUACAGCAGAUCGGGGCGCUGGCCGUGAACCCCCUGGGAGACCGCAUUAUAGACAGCUUCUUCCCUGACGGGAGUCUGCACCUGGACUUCCCAGGCUUUGUCAGAGUCCUGGCUCGCUUUCGACCUGUAGAUGAUGAGGACAACGGAAACCGGGACCCCAAGGAACCCGAGCCCCUCAACAGCAGAAUGAACAAACUUCGCUUUGCAUUCCAGCUCUACGACCUGGAUCGAGAUGGAAAGAUCUCCAGGCAAGAGAUGCUGCAGGUACUCCGACUGAUGGUUGGGGUACAGGUGACAGAAGAGCAGCUGGAGAGCAUUGCCGACCGCACAGUGCAGGAAGCCGACGAAGAUGGAGAUGGCGCUGUGUCCUUUCUGGAGUUUGCCAAGUCCUUAGAGAAGAUGAACAUCGAGCAGAAAAUGAGCAUCCGGAUCCUGAAAUGACCCCCUUUGUGCCUUUGGGUAGCUUACAUGGACCAGUUCUGCUUGGGAUUCCUCCUCAUGGAGGCCCAGCCCCAGUGAACUGUAUUCUUACUUGUACACUGAGCUCUAACUAGGGCCAAGGAGAAAAGCUUGGAGGGGUGUUUACCAACUCAUUUGAUCUCAGAUCUGUGAAUCAGCCAGAAAAUUUUUGGUUGCAAGUGACUGAAAACCCAAAUCAAAGGGAUUUCAGUUAAAAAAUAAUUUUAUGGGCUCAUGUAUUGAAAAAGUGUGGAAGUAUCCGGAAAACUGGGAAAAUCUGGAAGUGUCUCAGGCACAGCUGAAUCCAAGGACCAAAAUGAUGCUAUCAGGACUCAGUUAUUCUCCAUCUCUCAUCUCAGCUUUCUUUGGUGUUGUGUUCGUUCUCAGGUGGGCUCUUUCCUUGUAGUGGAGGAUGGCCACCAGCAGCUCCAGGCUUCCAUCCUACUAGCCUAGUAACGCAGAGGGAAGAGAGUUUCUUGUUCAAUAAUUCCAAGCAAAGAGUCUCAUUAGCCCCCCCUGGAACCUUGUCCUUUCUCCAGGGGAAUGGAACUUUCUAUUUGGCCAGGACUGUGUCAUGUGCUAAAUGCCAGAGCCAGGAAAUAAGGCCUGAGGAGGACUCAAGAUGGGGUAAGGGAUGGUUGCUUAAAGGAAAAUGCAGGGCUAUUAUCAGAAGGGGAAAUGAUGCUGGUCAGGCAAAAUAAGAGAUAUCCAUUAGUGUUAGGUUGACCAAAUGGAGGGAUCCUUGAAGUCUGGCUUCUUAAGUGGGUUUUCACUGAUGAAGGUGGGUAGUGGGGGAAGAGGUGAUGUAAAAAUAAUAAACAAGACAUACCUUCCUAGAGUAUGAAAUAAUUAAAAGGUUUGGAGAGUACUUCCAUUUUGUUUCACGGUAAGAUGUUCAAGCAUUGGCAUAUCACAGAAGAGAGUGUAAAAGUCACAUAAAAUCAUGAGAUUCUAUGUCUGUAGCAAAGCACUCUGGCUAUACGUAAAGGAGAUGCUGUCGGUACCCCGCUCAUAUCCCU